CCGAAGCCAUGGCGCUAACUAAGGAGCUGCUCCAGCUCGACCUGUACGCCCUGCUGGGGGUGGAAGAGAAGGCGGCCGACAAGGAGGUGAAGAAGGCCUACAGGCAGAAGGCCCUGACGUGCCACCCGGACAAGAACCCCGACGACCCCCAAGCAGUCGAGCUCUUCCACCGGCUGUCCCAGGCCUUGGAGGUGCUCACCGACGCCGCUGCCAGGGCCGCCUACGACAAGAUCCGCAGAGCCAGGAAGCAGGCAGCGGAGAGGACCCAGAAACUCGACGAGAGGAGGAAGAAAGUCAAGCUCGACCUCGAGGCCCGGGAACGGCAAGCCCAGGCCCAGGGGAGCGAGGAGGAGACGCGAAACACCAGGACCUUAGAGCAGGAGAUCGAACGGCUGCGAGAGGAAGGGUCCCGGCAGCUGGAGGAGCAGCAGCGGUUAAUCCAGGACCAGAUCCGCCAGGAGCGCGAGCAGCGACUCAGGGGGAAACUCGAAAGCGGAGAAGGCAGAGGGACCCCAAAGCUGAAGCUCAAAUGGAAGUGCAAGAAGGAUGACCACACUCAAGGCGGCUACUCGAAGGACGUCCUCCUGAGGAUCCUGGAAAAGUACGGCCAAGUCCUCAACCUGGUGGUCUCUGGCAAGAAGACCGGCAGCGCCGUGGUGGAGUUCGCCACCGUCCAGGCCGCGGCGCUGGCCGUCCGGAACGAAGUGGGGCUGGUGGAUAACCCGCUGAAGGUGUCGUGGCUGGAGGGGCGGCCGCUGGACCCGGACGGCCACGGCCACGGCCACGUGCCGCUGCCCCAGGGUUCGGUGGUAUCGGAGCGGGACUACGAGAGUCUGGUCAUGAUGCGUUUGCGCCAAGCGGCGGAGCGGCAGCAGCUGAUCGCCCAGAUGCAGCGGGAGGACGAGGAAGCCCUGCCCACGUAGCCGGGCUCGCCCCCCGGCCCCCAGCCCCCUCGGUUUAACACUGCCAUUAAAAACGCUUUUUCUAA